AUGGAGCCCUUAUCGAGAACUAUGCGCUUCGUCGCUAGGCAAGACGACGAUGAUCCGGGCAAGAAGCUGAUUGAUUUGAUAUCAGAUCCCUUCUCUAGCGAGGCAAGUCACUUGUCCACCUGCGUCACCGCUGCCGUCGUCCUGUUAUUCUCCUUCUUCCGCCCAUACCAUACUGUCGUGUACGCGCCGAAACUCAAACAUGCCGAUGAAUCUCGAGCACCACCGCCAUUGGGCAAGGGACCAUUCUCUUGGAUCCCGCCACUAUGGCAGACCACCGAGAAAGACAUGAUCAGGCUAGCUGGGCUGGACGCUGUAAUAUUCUUGCGCUUUAUCAAUAUGCUGCGCAACAUGUUCGUCAUCAUGGCUGUCAUCGGCUGCGCCGUCCUGGUACCCGUCAACUACACCCAGUCCAUCCGAUUUGACAGCGACACCUGGCUUAUGCGAUUGACUCCUUCAAACGUAUGGGGCACCGCGCAGUGGGCCACCGUUCUCUGCGCUUGGCUAUUCAACAUCGUGGUACUUGGUCUGUUGUGGUGGAACUAUAGAAAGGUUCUACACCUGCGCCGGGAAUACUUCGAGACCCCAGAGUAUCAGCAGAGCUUGCACUCCAGGACUCUCAUGCUGUACGACAUACCAAAGAAACUUUCAUCGGAUGAAGGAAUCGCAAGACUUAUCGACAUCGUCGCACCAAAUUCCUCAUUUUCAAGAACCGCUAUUGCGCGUGAUGUCAAGGUCUUGCCUAAGCUGGUGGAAGAGCACGAGAAGACCGUGCGGAAGCUGGAGAAGGUUCUCUCCAAGUAUCUCAAGGAUCCCCAUAACCUCCCCGCUGCUAGGCCAGUUUGUUCGCCCUCCAAGAAAGACCCAUCUUACUCUACCUAUCCUAAGGGGCAAAAAGUCGACGCGAUCGAGUACCUCACCCAAAGGAUCAAGACGCUGGAGUAUGAGAUCAAGGAGGUUAGAUCGAGUGUGGACAAGCGGAACACCAAGCCCUUUGGAUUCGCUUCAUAUACCGAGAUCAGCGAGGCCCAUGCGAUUGGAUACGCUGCCCGGAAGAAGAAGCCCCAGGGCGCCAUUAUCAAACUUGCCCCUCGACCCAGCGACGUAAUCUGGGACAACAUGCCCCUCACUGCCGCUACACGUACCAGGAAGAAGUUGUUCAUCAAUCUGUGGAUCGCUUUCCUGACUCUCCUAUGGAUCGUUCCCAACGCAAUGAUAGCCAUCUUCUUGGUCAACCUCAGCAAUCUUGGAUCAGUCUGGCAAGACUUCCAGAUCUCGCUGGAGGCCAGUCCUGUCUUCUGGUCCAUCGUACAGGGUAUUGCAUCACCAGCAAUCACGUCCUUGGUAUACCUGCUGCUCCCCAUCAUUUUCCGCCGGUUGUCAAUGAGGGGUGGUGACCAGACCAAAUCUGGCCGGGAACGCCACGUUAUUGGGAAGCUGUUCAGCUUCUUCAUUUUUAACAAUCUGAUCGUCUUCUCCCUAUUCAGCGGAAUGUGGACCUUUGUGGCAAACGUGCUGAGCGAUGCCAACAACGGCACGGACGCGUGGAAAGCAAUCGUGGAGCAGGAUUUCGGAACCUCUGUUUUGGUCGCCCUCUGCAAUAUCUCGCCUUAUUGGGUGACUUACCUCUUGCAGCGCCAGCUGAGUACGGCCGUCGACCUGGCACAACUGUGGAGCCUCAUUGUCAGCUUCGUCAUGCGCAAGAUAGGAUCUCCAACGCCGCGGGAGAUGAUCGAGCUCACCGCCCCACAGACAUUUGAGUACGCCAGUUAUUACAACUAUUGCCUCUACUACGCCACCGUAGCUCUGUGCUAUGGUGUUAUUCAACCUCUGGUUCUGCCAUCUGCGGCUUUGUUCUUCGUUAUCGACUGCAUUUUGAAGAAAUAUCUUCUCAUGUACGUGUUCAUCACCAAGAACGAGAGCGGUGGCAUGUCUUGGCGGGUACUCUUCAACCGCAUGAUGUUUGCACUUGUCCUCUCCAAUCUUGUGGCAUUUCUGGUUGCCUUUAUGCGAAGCACCUACACUCAGGCUUAUGCCGUGGUACCGCUGCCCUUCAUCGUCAUCGGCUUCAAGAUCUACUGCGCCAAGGCCUUCGACGACAAAAUACACUUCUACUCGACCCGAUUUGUUCCUCGCGGAGCCGAGCCAGAAGUCGGCAUCUUGAGCAAGGAGAACCUGAAAAAGCAUGAUCGGCUGGCACGGAAAUUUGGUCACCCUGUGCUUUAUAAAUCUCUCAUUACGCCUAUGGUCCAUGCCAAGGCGCAGACCAUCCUCGCAAGCGUGUAUCAGGGUCGGUUGAGUGACGGGCGUGAAGCCGGGGAGGCCGACGGGACUAUGUCCGAGUAUAGCGAUACAUACGCCCUCGACCCUAUGCGUGCAGGAAGGCCGGGCAAGGCAGCUGGAAAUGGUCUUUCUGGCUUUGAAAUUGUCCCAGAAGGGAAGCUGGAUUUUGAAUACUACAAAAACCGGAGCGAAUUUGCCGAGGACCAUGGGCAAGGCGACCUGUUCGGCCGCCCCAGCGAUAUGAUGCGACCCGGCACGCCAACCAGCACUUUUGGCGGGUCAGACACAGAUUCCAGACCAGGCACACCUGUGGGGGGUAUGUUCAGUGGCAACAAAGGUGGAUUUGCGCCAACAUCCGUCAGUGGUGUCGGAGGCGACAAUAUGGCUUACGGAGCUGGAUACGCCAGUCCUUCGGCUCAGUAUUCCCCGAGAAUACCGCCAUUUGGCUCGCCAGGCAUGGAGUACCCAUCACGGACACGCUCACCAUACGGCCUAGUCGCAGCUAGCGACUCCACGUCGAAUCUGGUCCAGUCAGCAGCACCGAUAGCAUCGCCACCAGUUGGCUAUGCCCACGAUGCUGGUUCAAGGAGCGCCAGCAUCGAUCGGGGAACUACAAGUUUCGAUCGGCCAAUGGCCGGAGGACGGCCAGCACCUGGGUCGUUAGGCGGCGGACCCCAGGGCUACGGGAACCUACCGCAGGCCGAGGCUGACUACGAAGACCCGAUGAAUUAUAAUUAUUUUAGAGGAGGAACCGGGAGGUCGAGACAUAAUGGUUAG